GCACGAAUGUCGAAGCUUGGCAAAACGAGGAAAAAAUUGAGUUAGGUCAAAUUUUGCAUACUCACGACCGAAACCAUAACUUAUAACGUACUCUCUAACCAAGGCGUAAUUUGUCACUUUCAUUUCCGCUGUCCGAAUUAGUUCAUCCUUAUUCGUGAAAAAAGUCACGCAACACAGCUAUGAUUAUGUCGUACGCUGAAAUCUAACAUCGUAAGCAUGGCUCACUGGUCCUUAUGUUAUUUUGUUUCUACUUUUUCUACAGUCUUUGUUGUAGAAUGUCUAACGUGGACAAAGUAUCCUGACUCCAUCACUUGUGUUUGGAAUGGUUCCACAGUUGCUCUACAGUGGGAUUACAACCUGACUACAGAAGAACAGACUGCUUCACAGACAGCCAUUAAUUUGGUGUGGAAACGAGGCACUGCGUCCCAUCUUGUUGAAGUGGCAGAGAAGACCUUUCUGUCGUUUAGUAGUCCACCAAAUUCGAUAAAGGAGCAAUUCAAACCACACAUUACCAUAAGCAGAUCAGAAAAGGCGACACUGAUCAUCAAUAACGUUACUAAGGAAGAUGAAGGUGUUUACCAAUUCCUUAUCAUUCUUCUUACGCUCAAUUCUUUCAGAGCUACACGAAACACCACCCUGGUAGUGAGAGAUGCUCCUGGUGGCACACAACUCAUUUCAAAUCCUAGUAACACCACAGUUCUUCGCAAAAGUUUGCUCAGUUUAACAUGUCAAACUGAUGUUUGUCCUGAAACUCAAUUUCAUUUGUACUUUAAUGGUAGCCUCGUCGAGACCAGCAGCUCAGGGAAUUUUAAUGUUACUGUGGUGUCUGAUGGUUUGUACACUUGUGUCCCUUUCAACAAAGUUGCUGCAGGAAAGAAUGAUACUGUCAAUGUCACAGCUGUUGAUGCUCCACAAGUCACAGUUUCACCUGAAGUAAAAACCGUUGUCGAAGGGAGUAACUUGAACUUGACAUGUGCUGCUUUUGGCAAACCGAAACCCAGCAUAACUUGGACUAAGGUUGGCAGUUCUGAUGUUGUAUCUAAUGCCCUGCUACUCAUCAUUGAGAAUAUAACCAGACCUAGGACAGCAAAUAGCAAAAUUGGGUAUCAAUGCAUAGCCAGCAAUGGAGUGGGGACCCCUGCUAUAGCUACAGCCAGCAUAACUGUGAACUAUGCAGCGGUGAUUACCAACCCCGGGAAUCAGACAUUCAGUAAAAAACCUGGGGAAGAGGUUAGCUUUGCUUGUUAUAAAGAGGGUUAUCCAAUACCGACAAUUAUCUGGACAAAGGAGGAUGUCGUCACGAAUUGGACUUCUGAGGAUAAUCCCAGUAAGGUGACUUUUCAAGUAAAAGAGUCCAGCCCUGGUUGGUAUAGCUGCAAAGUUGAAAAUGAAUUGGACACGGUUUUCAAAUGGUUUCACCUCAUUGUAAUUGACGACAAAUUCAAGAUUAAGUUAACCGUCACUAACAGAGAUUGCUGCAACAAUAUUCAAGAAACCCUUCAGCAACUACGGUCCAAAGUGGGUGAAGUGCUUGAAUUAGAAGUUCCAUCUUUGAAAGAAGUCGAAGCAACAAAGUACAAGUGCGGCAGCAUCAUUGUUUAUCUCUCGUUGGAAUUCAACCAAAAUGAAGAGAUAAGCAAAGUUUUGUCAGUUCUUAGAAAGGCUGCUACAUCUGGAGGCAAAGGCCUUGGAGACUUUGCAGUUGACCCGAAAUCGAUCCAGGCGAUUUCUGUUGAUGAGAUACCUUCUGAUGCACCUUCCAGUACUGCAAAGACAACUACUACCACAGAAGACUUAACAGAGAAGAAAAUUUGUGAAUGUUCUUGCAAACACGUUUUACUUGGAUCCAUCAUCGGAGUUCUUCUUCUAUUCAAUAUCAUUCUCGUUAUUCAUGCGGUGUGGAUUCAAAAAAGAGAAACUGCGUCAAAGCGAAGACCAUAUGAAGAAAGCAGAGAAGUAUAUGAUAACGAAAUGCCUUUGAACGAUCGGGAGGCCAGCCGCUCAGGUUCGAGAAAUUUCAUCCAGCCUCGUGCAGAAUACAUGGAUCUCAAAGAAAUGAGUGGAGAGCGCAAUACCAAAGAACAAAUCGCUCAUCAAGUGGUUGAUUACGCGCCACUGCAUCCAUCAACACGCUCCUGGGAAGUGCCAAGGGAUUACGUGUCUGUUGAAAAAAUCAUUGGCAAAGGUGCUUUCGGUCAGGUCGCUAAGGGAACAGCUGAGCAACUUCGAGGGAGGCCUGGGACAACUACAGUGGCUAUUAAAAUGCUCAAAAUUAACGCUACAGAAUCGGACAAGAAAGAUCUGAUGACGGAACUUGGAACAAUGAAGCAGCUAAAACCACAUGCCCACGUCAUCAAACUUCUGGGAUGUGUUACAGAAUCUGAGCCACUGCUGGUGUUGAUAGAAUAUGUUCCUUUUGGGGACCUGCUGGGUUUCUUGAGAAAGAGCCGUGGAUUGAAUGACACUUACUACAAAGACCCGGAUAUAAAACCACAAACAAACUUGAGGGCACAGCAGCUGAUGAAGUUCGCUUGGCAAAUCGCUGAUGGAAUGAGUUACUUGUCGUCGAAAUCUAUCCUCCACCGAGACCUCGCAGCUCGUAACGUGUUGGUCGGGGAGGAUAAAACAUGUAAAGUUACAGAUUUUGGAAUGGCUAGAAAUGUGCAAGAGGAAAAUAUCUAUGAAAGAAAGACAAAGGGUCGUCUUCCAGUAAAGUGGACUGCUUAUGAGGCGCUGUUAUAUGGAAAAUAUACAACCAAAAGUGAUGUAUGGAGCUAUGGAGUUGUCCUUUAUGAGAUUUUUACUAUAGGUGGUUCACCUUAUCCACGGAUGGAUGGCAAGAAAAUUGCAAACUUACUUCAGCAGGGCUACAGAAUGCCUAAGCCACGACAUGUGGAUGAUAAAUUGUAUGACAUAAUGUUGAGAUGCUGGCAAGAUGACCCGGAUGCAAGACCAACGUUCUUUGAUCUAAGAAACCAGCUUAAAGCUAUGGAAACAUUACACAAGAAGUUGAUAAAUAUGAAAAGUUACGACGAGCAGUUGUACGCAAACGUUGAGGAUUUGGUCGUGUAGGGAAUGAAAAGUUGUUGGCGAAUGAGGACGAAUGGUUGAUUCUCCUCUCUUUUGCUAACGUUCUUUAAAAAUAUGAGAUCAAAAGGCGAUGAAUUUUAAAUUCAAUUUUAGCAAAAUACUUACCCUUUAUAAGAAAUAAGUUUACUUAAUUUUGCUUUCAAUUGUAGUGUGUACCAGGCUUUUGCAUAACGAAAACAAAACAUGUCAAGGUUCCUUCUAAACCGUUGACUUGCCAUGUGAAUACAUUUUGUAUGUUUAAGAAUGUAUUUGUAGUGUUCAUUAACUUUAUCAGAAAUAUGCGUUUGAGCGACCAACAUUAUCAGAAUUGGUACAAAAAAAAAGAGUAAUGCAUAUAGUGGCUAUUGUAAAGAGACAUUCUCCCUUGGUAAGCAAUUAGCAUGAUUAUCAAUAUCAUCGUUAUCAUUAUGACUUGCAGUAUUAACGUUAUUAUUAACAUUACUAUUAUCUUUAUUAUCAUGAUUAUUUUUAUUAUUGUUAUCAUCAAUAUCAUUGUCAACAUGAUUAUUCAAAUUUUUCUAACUAUUAAUUCUCUUUAUCAUGCGUAUAGUUUUAAUAUUUCGAGAUACCAAGAACGUAACUAUUAAUCGACACUAUAAAUACGUAUCGGUAUCCCUAAUUCCAGCUAUAUAUUAGAAAUACUUUCUCGUAAUUUUGUUUGCAUGAUAACGCAAUCGAAAUAGCCAUAGCACUGAUUACAUGAGCAAAAUCUGGCGAGCAAGUUUCUUGCUGAGGCCUUAAUUCGAGAUCUGGUGACAUUUUUUUAGGGCUUCAAAAUAUGUUCUAAAGUGUUACGAAAGUAAGAUCAUAAGAACAAUCGAGAGUGUUAGUUGGCCUUUAGGUGUAUAUUAAAACACAAAAUAAAGGACACUUUUGACGAUAUAAAAUUUUGCGAACGACUUUGUCGUUUUGAUGGUAGCUUUAAAGAAGAACUCGGUUAUCGAAUUUCCAGGAGAUGAAUGAUGAUGACCAUCGCAAGUACUGAGCAAUUUUAUGUUACCCAAGCAUGUCACUGAGUAAUCAUUUCAAUUUUCUUCCUUUCUUUCUUAGCUUUCCAGUUUUCA